UCAAAAAUUUGGAAUUACAAACUAAAACCCCUGUCCUUCGAAUUGACUCGGCUCUCGUAAAGAAGGUUUUCUCACUCCAAAACCCUAAAUUCUCCGAAAUUUAGAGAAAAUUAAUUUGAGGUUUAGUUCAGGGUGUCCAUGGCGUCAAAGUUACCUCAGUUGCAAACUAAGUUGGCUCAGGCUUCACAGUAUGCGACCAAACAUGGAGGUGCCUGGUACAAGCAGUUGUUGGAGCAGAACAAGCAAUAUAUCCAAGAACCACCCACCAUUGAGAAGUGCCAAAAACUAGCAAAUGAGUUGUUUUACACUCGUCUUGCCAGUAUUCCUGGUCGCUAUGAGUCCUUCCGGAAGGAAGUGGACUAUGUGAAGCACCUAUUUAGAAACAGGCAGGAGCUGAAGGUAGAGAAUGCUGGCAUUGGUGUUCUGUUUGCACUUGAGUGCCUUGCCUGGUUUUAUGGCGGUGAGAUUGUGGGGAGAGGAUUUACAUUCACAGGUUACCAUGUUUGAGUGGAUGCUUUAGGAAUAGACAUCCUCCUAGUAGCUCGAUUAUGGAAAGAUUCUUACAUGUUGGUCGCCUGAUUGACCAAUGAGCUUUUUUACAUGCAAAGAUUUGUUUUCUAUAAAUUUGAAGUUGGUAGCUAGUGCAAUAAUAAUCUUAUGACUUCGAUGAAA